UGCCAGUCUGUCUCUGUUAAACCAUGACUGCAGGCCAAACUGUGUGAUGGUGUUUGAGGGGACAAAGCUGCAGCUCAGAGCUGUUCGAGACAUCAAACCUGAGGAGGAGCUCACUAUAAGUUACAUUGAGACGUUGUCCCUGACUGAGGAUCGACAGAGACAGCUGGAGGACCAGUACCAUUUUACCUGCCACUGCCAGCGAUGCCUCUCUCACGACAAAGAUGGACUCAUGCUGUCUGGUGAUGAAACAGCAUGGCGCCUGCUGAAGGAGGCUCUACCCAGACUGGAAGAACAAAAAGCAAAGUCAGAUUGGGAAGCACUGCUACAAAGCUGCAGUGAUUUGUUAUUAACUGUUGGUGGCGCUGUGCCUGAGGAAAAUCUCUACAAGCUUCGAAUGACAGACAUGGCUUUAGACGCCUCCAUUAACCUGGGACGCUGGCAGGAAGCUGUGAGAUAUGGAGAGAAGACAAUUCCAGUUUACAGACAAUACUACCCUGAUCCCCACCCAGUCCACGGAGUCCAGCUGAUGAGAGUUGCAAAGCUGCAGCAUUACCUGGGACACAUCGAGGAAGCUUUAGACACAUUCAAGCAGGCCUAUCAAAUCUUAAAGCUCACCCACAGUGAUGAUCAUCCCUUGUCCAAGGAUCUGUUGAUGAAAAUGGAAGAAUGCCGUUGUGAGAUGGAUCAGCAGUCAUCCUGAAGCCACCAACACACUGAUACAACUGUGACUUGACGUCUUUACAUUUUACUCCAUCUCUUAAUUUUACUUUUUAGGUCAUGAGUGCAUUCCUGAAUUUCUAUCAUCUGAUUUCUGAUGAAUAAAAAUAAAACAUUUCUUCUUUAAA